CGUAGCUGUUUGGCACAGAACAGCUCCACAAAGCCAUCUCCCGAUGGAGCUGCCCCAGCUGCAACCGGUGCAAAGUGAGGCAGAAGCCCCGCCGGCGGAGCUUGCAGCGGUUUGGGUGCACAAGGCAGCCAAAGGAAGUGACCAGUGGGUGCGAAGCUGCUCCUCACACCAGCUGCGGAUCUAUCGUUUUCGAAAGCAGCUUUCCAACGUGACGGUGCUUGUGAAGUUUGCAUACCUGUCCCUCUCACUGUUUGAGGAACCCUGUUGGAUAGUGCGCUGCAAAACUUGCGACUCGAAGUACAGCUGGCAAUUACCACGCCUACCGUUCUGGGCAUCAAACGGGAUUGAAAUCUUGUGCUUGGCGUACUUUGGUCUGAUUUUUCGGCUUCGUGAGCUUUCCUUAGGUGAUGGGAAUCAACGGAGCCGGUGGCACACACUACGUGAGGUCCUGGUCUCGUUGGCUUUGGUUGAUUGCUUGGUCGCCAGCUUCAAUACGAUUGGCGUCGUGCCAGGCAUUUUCCGACUUUGCCGCCUCUGUCGGCCCGUGAUUUUCAUUGCAGUGAGUAAAUUUGUCCGAAUGACGGUGAACCGAUUGUGGCGGUCCUGCUUGCGUUUCUGGGAGAUCUUGGCAGCAUUGGUAGUUGCGGUGCUGUUCUUCGUUUGGUUUGCAAUCGUAAUGUUCUCGCGGAGCGAAGAAGGCCGCGAGCACUUCCAGGAUUGGCCAGAAGCAUUGGCCUCACUGUUACUUGGCCCUUUUUA